AUGGCAAAUUCAAUUAAUUUUUGUCCCUGGUGUCAAUGCAAAAAAACAGACUUAGGCAAUUUAAAAAAACACUCAUGGACAAUUGAAAAAGAUAUGAAUAUAAUUGCAUCUAAUUAUUUAGCAUAUCCUGUUCCAGAUGAACUUCAUAUUAUGCUUAGAAUAACUGAUCGAUUAUGGUCUUUGAUUAUUUCUGAAUUAGAACAGAAUGAAGAAUAUAAUAAUGAUAUAUAUGAAACAAUUUGUAAUGAAAUGAAAAAGUGCAAAAACAAAUUUGAUCAAUUAUAUUGCGUGAUUAAAAAUCCAGAUAUUGAUUUUACCCAAUUUGCUUUAGAUGCUAAAGAAUGGGAA